AAUCCCCGGCCACGUUAGAAAACACUAAACGGCGGCUUUUUCACGCGGGUCCCAUCUGACGUCCAACUAAUACCAUUGGCUGAUCCAGUGAGUGGAAGAGCGUCAGCGAAGCACUAGAUCACACUUUUUUCAAAUUUUCUAUAAAUAGCAGCCAUUUCGUCUUCAACCUCCCGCAAAAUUUAAACUAACAAUAAUAAACACCGCCAACAGAAACACUGAAACGUGAUGCAUGUGGAUAUAGUGUUUGAGAAUGGAGUUGAACAUAUCAAGCUACUUAAAGGAAUCAAUGAUGAGCAUGGAGGAGUGAUUGUGGAGAUGAAGGAGCCAAUGGCCCCUGAGGUGUUUGUUACUGUGCUGAGAGAUUCAUUGUUGCAGUGGAAACAUCAGGGUAAAAAAGGAGUCUGGAUUAAAAUGCCUAUUGGACUGGUAAAUCUUGUUGAAACUGCAGUCAAGGAGGGAUUUUGGUAUCACCAUGCUGAGCCAAACUAUCUCAUGCUUGUUUACUGGAUUCCCAAAACUGGCAACACUAUACCUGCAAAUGCCACGCAUCAAGUAGGUGUUGGUGCUUUUGUCUUGAAUGAUAGAAGAGAGUUGCUUGUAGUCAAGGAAAAGAGUGGCAGUUUCCAAGUAAUAGGUUUGUGGAAAAUUCCUACUGGGAUUGUUGAUGAGGGCGAGGAUAUCUUCAAGGCAGCCAUAAGAGAAGUAAAAGAAGAGACAGGAAUUGACACAGAGUUUAUGGAGAUCUUAGCAUUCAGGCAAUCACACAAGUCAUUCUUUGAGAAAUCAAAUUUAUUCUUCUUGUGCAUGUUGCGUCCUUCAUCCUUCGACAUCCAAAAACAAGAACUAGAGAUUGAGGCUGCCCAGUGGAUGCCAUUUGAGGAAUAUGCAGCUCAACCUUUCGUUCAGAAGACUGAGCUUCUCAAGUACAUGAAUGACUUAUGCUUAGCAAAGAUAGACAAUGGCUACGCUGGAUUUUCUCCUCAAUCAACAACCUCGAUCUUUAGUGACGACCUGGGUUACCUUUUUUUUAACAGCUUGGAUUUGGACCAGUCAAAUGCUGAUGAUUAUUCGGGAAAAAAAAAAAUAAUCCGAGGUUGA